AAUAAUUAAUAAUAAAAAAAUCCUGAUAGUCGUUAAGUGUUCAACUUAAAAGUUAAAAGUAUACAUUAUUGUUCCUUUUUUAUACAUUGAAUAUAAUAGGUAUUUAGAGAGUGCUUUAACUUUUAUUAUUCACAAUAAUUAUAAAUAAUUCAAAAUGAGUUCAAUUGGAACUGGUUAUGAUUUAUCAGCAUCUCAGUUUUCUCCGGAUGGUCGAGUAUUUCAAGUUGAAUAUGCUUUUAAAGCAGUUGAAAACAGCGGGACUGCCAUAGCUUUACGCGGUUCUGAUGGUGUUGUUUUUGCUGUUGAGAAGUUGGUCACGUCAAAACUUCAUGAAGAUAGUACAGGAAAAAGRUUGUUCAGUGUGGAAGAUCAUAUUGGAAUGGCUGUUGGAGGAUUGACUGCUGAUGCCAGUGCAAUAUUAGAUAUUGCACGUGAGGAAGCGAGAUCAUAUCGUCAGUCAUACAGUAUGCCUAUUUCAUUGAAAUAUUUAAAUGAACGAGUAUCCAUGUACAUACAUGCUCAUACAUUGUACAGUGCUAUUAGGCCAUUUGGAUGUGCUGUCAUUAUUGGCUCUUAUGAUCCUAAGUACGGUCCUCAAAUGUAUAUGAUUGAUCCAGCUGGAGUAUCAUUUGUAUGUUUUUGUUUAUUCAUUUAUAAGUGUUGUAUAACAUGUUUGUACCUAUAGAGUUCACUAAGAUUAUAGGAUAAGAAUUUUUGAACUAAU